GUUGGGGAGGAAGGCCCAGGGUGAUCCGGCAUGGCGACGCUCGCAGCCCGCCGCCUCCUCCUGCCGCGAUGGGUGGCCGGCGGGCGGGCCCGGCUGCUCGGCACGGCGGCGGAGGCUUCUCCGGGAGGGGAGGAGGCGCGAGGAGGAGGGGAAGGUGGAGGUGGACCAGACGGCGCGAUCUACGUGAAGAAGCCGGCGGCCGCCGCGGCGGUGACGACGCGGGACGAGACGUCCGUGGCGAUGCCGACGUCGUUCAUGACGGGGUCCGUGGUCGGGAAGCGCUUCUACCGCGACGCCACCGUGCGGCUCGCCGACGACGGCAACGGGUGGACCGUGAUGCUGGACUACCGCACCCUCAAGUCGCCGGCCAAGCGGCCGCUGAAACUGCCCUCGCGCGCGCUCGCCAUGGCCAUCGCCGCCGAGUGGGAGUACCAGGAGUCGGAUGGAAUUCGACCUUUUACUAUGCCUCUCAUGAAGCUUGCUUGCACUGCAUUGGAGAGAGUUCCUUUGACACGUGCAAAAGUAAUUGAUAAUUUGAUGAAGAAAUUUCAUCAAGAUUUGGUGUUUUGCCGUUCACCUGCCGAUAGUGAACUGACCUUAGGAGUUCAUCAAAAGCAGAAGGAGAAAAUUGAUCCCAUACUGGAAUGGGUAAACACAGAAUUUGGGUUCAAGCCUAUUGUAUACACAACCUUUUUUGGUGGCAAGCAAGAUGAGGGCCUCACUAAGGCUGUAGAAACUGUUUUGAAGAAAACAACUGAUUGUGAAUUGGCAUCCAUUGAUGCUAUGGCUGCAGCAGCCCACUCCCUGGUGAUCCCUCUUGCAAUGUUUAGAGAAAGGUUGGGAAUUGAUGAGGCCAUUGAGUUGAUCAGGCUAGAAGAAGACCACCAGGUUGAUAGAUGGGGUUUGGUUGAAGGAGGUCAUGACGUUGAUAUUGCAGAUCUUAAGGUGCAAAUGUCUUCGGCUGUUGUGUUUCUUGGACUUUCGCGGGGGAUGUGAACCAUCAUGUUUCAAAUCCACAGGCUGGUUAGUUUUUGUUUGUCUCCAAGGUUGUAUGAAUUUGUAUGGAGAGUUGUAGAAUAAUAAUUGCCCGCACAAGGUCAAUAGCAAACAUAGUGCCUGUAUCCGGCCAGUGCUGAUGUUAGAUUUUGGUUUUUGAGUUGCCAAAAAAAUUGUUGAGUUACAAACUACGGAACCUAGCAUUCCUUCGGCUUUCAGUGGCCUCUAGUUUGGUAAUGGUAAUGCCAAAAUGGUAAGAACAUUUCUGGGAA